GGGGAAGGUUCGCUAGUUUCCGGUAGUGUUGGGAGAAAAUUUUGGUAGCCAGAAAGGGUGUGAAGAAAGUGCGUUUUCGAAAUGUGGUCAAGUGUGCUGCUGAUAUUGUUUACUGGAAUCGUUGUUUUACGCGCCAGAAGCGUACCGAAUGAUUCGCUUGAAGAAGCAUCAGCAGCACCGCCCAACGCCCAAAAGUUCUGGAAGAACGGUUACGCGGGGUACUCGACAAUACCGCUAACGGAAUCGAGUGGCCAGCCGUGGCCGGAGCAAACACGCGAUUGCAACUGCGCACCCAAGAUGCGGUUUCCGCGAAGAUCCAAGCUUCGGGCCGUGAUUCGUCGAAACGACAUGGUUUUGGGCGAUCCAGAGGAAGCUUUGGAAAACUUUCUUGAAGAGUACCUUCUUCGACUGUACCUUAACAAAGGGCUUUUUUCACCUCCGGUCACCACCGCCGUCAGCACGAGGAAAAUUAGCAAAGGCAAAACUCGCUCCCAGAAGCAAGUCCAAAGUUUGCCAGCAUUCCAGCACGAGAAGGCCGUUUAUUCCGACGAGGAAAACUACCGAAUAUCUCACAACAGUCGAUUCUACAGCCAGGAACCGGUCCCGGGACAGCUCCUGUACCCGCCAGUUUCGCCCAAAUUCAACCCGGUAGUACGACCGUAUGGAACCACCCACGUGAACAUCCAGUCCAAACCACGAUACGUUUCGUCGAUGUUGAUUCCACACUUUUUGAAUCAAUCCAUGAACGAGCCCAAAGAGAUUAUACGGAACAUUCUGAGGGCGAGCACGACGACGACGACAACGACAACGCCGGUGAUGACCAAUGAGAAUGACCACGUGACGGAAUUGCCGAAGCGGAUUAGGUACGCUAAGAAUUCGGGUUACAUUAAUUCGUCCAACUGGAGUCGGGAGAAAAAUGUGAUCAGCGGAGGUGGAAACAAUACAAAAGUGCAGUGAAAUA